GGAGUGUGUGAGAGAGAGAGCGAUAGCGAGAGAGCGAGCUCGGAGACUGAGAGAGACAGAGAGAGCUGCACUCUAAAGAGUGAAAGAGGAGGCGAGCAAUCUAAAAGGAGGAGGAGAAAUAGGAAAGGGGGAGUAGCCAGACUCUGUCCUUCCGUCUUCCCGUGAGCCUCCCCCUCCUCCCUCCCUCUCUCUCUCUCUCUCUCUGUCUCCACUAAUGAGGCGUCUCUCCUGCGUAGCCGGGAGGACGGGCACCUGCUGCUCCUUCAUGAUUCAGCCCCUUUCCGCCUCCGCGUGAGCACAACAGCAUGCUGCUCGCGCGACCGACGCUCCUGCUCUUCCUGCCUCCUCUGCUGCUCCCCGCUCCCCGCGUCUACGGAGCCUCCCGCACGGUCAGGUGAGUGGACUGCAGCCGCAGCGUCCUGGGACAGCCCCGACCCCGGCCAGGAGCCCAGCUAGCUCUCUGCAAGAGGGAGGGAAAAGAAGAAGAGACAGAAGAAAGAAAAAAGGAGGGGAGGAGAGAGGUGGAGAGAAAAAGACUUGGUUCUCUUUCGCUAGUUACUUUUUAUUGCACGUCCAGUUUGAAUUUAUGCAUUCAUUUUUAGACUUGUUUGGCAUGCACGUAAGCCCUGCUUGGACAGAAUGCCUUGAGUGCAGUCCCGAAAGAAGAACUCUUCUCCUGUCCGCGUGCCUGCCAGCACACUUCCCAGAAGCUUAAUAAGGUUACCCCCUGCUGCCAAAGAGCAUCCUCUCUCUCUGCGCAGCCCCCCCCCCGUCCCCCGCAGCAGCAGCCUGGUCUGAUAAUGGAAAGCGCGCUUCAUCCUACCCGCUCCCCAGCUCCGCACAACACUCCGAGCUAGAGUCCAGGCGUCCAGAGACCAGACCUGAGAGAGGGAGGGAGGGAGGGAGGGAGGGAGCGAGCCGGCUGGAAGAAGGGAGAGGGAGAGCGAGAGAGGAUGUCAGAGGGAGUGGAGGACUCCUUGGCAGGGCUGUGCGCCCCUCCCGGAUCGGUGUUGCCCGUGGGGACCGACGAGGCCCGCGAGGACGAGCCGGUGGCGGCAGGUGAAGGCGGCGGCGGCGGCGGCGAGGAGGAGAGCGGCGAUGGCGGUGAUGGCGGCGGUGGCGGCGGCGGGGGCGGUCCUCUGGGACUGGCGGCGCUGGCGGGGGCCUGCUGCGUGUGUCUGGAGCGGGAGCAGGUGCGCAGCUGCCUGCAGUCGGAGAAGAUCUGCAUCCUGCCCAUCCUGGCCUGCCUGCUCAGCCUGGCUCUCUGCACCGCCGGCCUCAAGUGGGUCUUCGUGGACAAGAUCUUUGAGUACGAGCCCCCCACUCACCUGGACCCCAAGCGCAUGGGCCAGGACCCCGUCAUCGUGGCGGACCCCACCCUGGGGCUCCCCGACUUUUUCCCGCGCCCCUCAGCUCUCCCCACUCCGUCGCUCACCACGCAUCGGCCUGAGGUGUUCGUGGAAGGGAACCCCACGACAGGACCCUUCGAGCCCCCGUCCCCAAGAGGGACUGGGCAUAGUCCCACCUCAGCACUGACGCUCCGCACCGACCCCCCUGCUCCGCCAGGGACGUCCACCCCUCCCCAACCUAGGAAGGAACCUUCAACAGCACGCCCUGAGCCCACUCUGGAAUCUAAUGAUAUUUAUAUUCCCAAAUACUCGGCCACCAGCACCACUCCCUCUGUGAAGACCUCCAGCCAUGUGAUGCCAUGCAGUGAGCGAGAGAAAAACUACUGUGUGAACGGAGGAGAGUGCUUCACCCUGGAAAUCAAACCAGGAGAACUGAAGAACCUCUGCAGGUGCCCAAAUGAAUUUACUGGUGAUCGCUGCCAAAACUACGUAAUGGCCAGCUUUUACAAGCAUCUUGGGAUUGAAUUUAUGGAAGCAGAGGAGCUGUAUCAGAAACGUGUGCUUACCAUAACAGGAAUCUGCAUUGCUCUCCUGGUUGUUGGCAUCAUGUGUGUCGUCGCCUACUGCAAAACAAAAAAACAGAGGAAAAAACUUCACGAUCGGCUGAGGCAGAGCCUGCGGACUGAACGCAACGCCAUGGCAGCCAUGGCCAACGGCCCACAGAUGCCCCACCCUCCCUGUGAGGGCGUCCAGCUCGUCAAUCAAUAUGUGUCGAAAAACGCCGCCCCUGCCGAACAUGUAAUCGAGAAGGAAACUGAAACAUCAUUCUCUGCGAGCCAAUACACUUCGUCAGCCCAUCAAUCUACAACAGUCACCCAUACGUCAAGCCAGAGUCGGGGAAACGGGCGGAGCGAGAGCCUGCUCUCCAACAGCCGCUCCCAACUGGUGAUGUCAUCGUCCGUGGAGAACAGCAAGCAAGCCACACCCUCAAGUCGCCGGGGGCGUCUGAACGCCACAGGGGGCGUGCGUGACGCGAACGCCUACCUGAAGAACCCCAGGGAGACGCCAGACUCUUACAAAGAUUCCCCCUAUAGCGAGAGGUACGUUUCGGCCAUGACGACCCCAAACCGCAUGUCUCCAGUGGAACUGGUCUCCCCAGUAUCCCCUCAGUCCCCGCCCACCGAGUCAUCCCCGCCCCUCUCCAGCCUGGCCACGUCCGUCCCUUCGGUGGCCGUCAGCCCGCUGGGCGAGGAGGAGCGCCCCCUGCUGUUCGCCACUCCGCCGCGGCCGCGGGACAAGCAGCGCCAAGACCACGCCCACUCCCAGGGCGGCCAGUACCAGCGCGACUCCGCCCACUACAACCACGGCCAGGACACCCACAGCGCCCCGCCCAGCCCCCUCCGGAUCGUGGAAGACGACGAGUACGAGACCACCCAGGAGUACGAAGCGGCCGCCGCCCAACCCGCCAAAAAACUGCCCAACGGCCGCAGGGCCAAAAGAACAAAGGUCACUGACCACGGGGCGCACAAGGCCGAGUCCAACAGCGACACCAGCUCGGAGAGCGGCAGCUCGGAGAGCGAGACGGAAGACGAGCGAGUGGGCGAGGACACGCCCUUCCUCAGCAUACAGAACCCGUUGGCUGCCAGCCUGGAGUCGGCAUCCAGCUUCAGGUCCGCGGACAGCAGUAGGACUAACCCAGGACUCCGCCUCUCCCCGCAGGAGGACUUGCAAGCCAGAUUAUCCAGUGUAAUAGCAAAUCAAGAUCCAAUUGCUGUAUAAAGUGGAAGAUAUUAAUGCGUUACUUGUCAGACAUAAGUAAAAAAAAAAAAAAA